AUGGCAUCGGUUAUUCGAAAAAAACUUGUUGUUGUUGGAGAUGGUGCGUGCGGAAAAACUUGUCUUCUGACCGUUUUUUGCAAAGGAGAAUUCCCUAGUUUAUAUGUUCCGACGAUUUUUGAAAGUUUUGUUUCAGAGAUGCAGAUUAAUAAUAAACGUGUUGAACUUAAUUUGUGGGAUACAGCCGGGCAAGAAGAUUAUGACCGAUUACGUCCACUUUCUUAUCCUGACACAAAUGUCGUCGUGCUUUGUUUCAGUGUGGACAAUCCUGACAGUUUGGACAAUAUCAGCACAAAGUGGAUGCCUGAAAUCAGGAAUUUUUUGCCAAAUAUCCCUGUAAUACUUGUUGCAAACAAAAAAGAUUUAAGAAAUGAUCAAACAACAAAAAGAGAACUUCAAAGGAUGAAACAAAACCCUGUGACAGAAUCCGAGGGAAGGAGUGUGGCGAAAAAUAUAGGUGCACAGGCAUAUAUCGAAUGUUCAGGUAACUUUAUUUGCUGUGAUGCAUCUUUUGCAGCUAAGCAAAAAGAAGGCGUCAAUGAUGUAUUUGAAACUGCUGCUAGAAUAGCUACAGAUUUCAAAGCAAAAAAACGCACGUGUACAAUUACAUGA